GAGGUGGAGGUCGGAGGAGUCAGGGUGUAAACAACGUGUUGAGCCACAUGCGGGGACCCAUGGUCUCUCUCUCUCUCUCCUCACGCUUCACUUUUCAUAAAGGUGACCAGUCAUUCUCUUCUGCUUGUAUGUGGCGAAGCCGUCAACAUCGUAGCUUUCUACUUGAGAACUCUUUAAUAAGGGUGUUGGCAGGCCUGGAGAGGCCUUUACCAGGAAGGAGCUUGUGAUGACAUCGAAAGCACUGAUCAAGACGGGGUUUGCUGUUGAAGCCAAAUACAAUGCCUACUUCACAGGUCAACGUGUACAGGUAACAAAUGAUGGAGAAGCAUUGUUGUGUGAGUGUGGGGACAGUGUGGGGGUGGUGUCACUCACCACAGGUCAGAUCACGGGCCGCAUUCGUUGUGAGGAAGAUCAAGUUACGUCCAUAGCCCUGGCUCCAAAUAACUCGUCUGUUGUUGUAGCUCUUAAGUCUACAUCUGUCCAGCAGUAUCAAUGGCCAAGCAUGGAAUUACAGCGAAGUUUUAAAUCCUUUCACCGUGGACCUGUUACUGUAAUGAACUGGGACACGACAUCUACAUUACUUAUCACUGGGGCAGCAGACUCCUCUGCCCGAAUAUGGGACCUUCAUAAGAAAUACUGCACUCAUAGUCUCAAAGGUGCCUCUGGGGUAUUUGGUGCAGCAAUAUUUGAGCGUGAUCUGAGCAAAACACCAAGGGUAUAUGGUGCAGCUGCUAAUAAUAUUCAUGUGUGGACCCUAGAGGCUGGUUCUUCAAAGCACGAUGCCCGUCUGGAAGGUCACCACUCUGCUGUCACUUCACUGGAAAUUACACAAGAUAAUGCACACCUUGUCAGUUGUGGGUUGGAUCGUGUUAUCAUCUUAUGGGACCUAGCUACCCUGACCAGCAAAAAAGUUGUCCCGGUAUUUGAAUCUAUCUCUGGUUUUGUGCUACAGCCUCCGGGUUGUGUGUUUCCUGGAGCUCAGGCAGGCAACGAUCACAUAUAUGCUCUUGUUCUUGGGGAUAAAGGAGUUCCUGCAGUGUGGCAGGUAGAUGCUGGGCGAGAGGUGUGGAAGGCUACAGAGCCAGUGCUAACACCACCUGAUAAAGAUGGAGUUACAUUAAUUAAUCAAGUGACUUAUUCCCCAUCUCUUGAUUCCAUUAUUAUGACUACUUAUGACCAUUCAAUAAUCUUCGCAAAGACUUCUUCUAUGGAUAUAUGGAAACAGCUUGCUGGGUAUAAUGAUCAAAUUCUAGAUGCCAUUUUUGUGGGUGCUGGAGAUACUCAUCUUGUGGUGGCUACAAACAACAUUCAGUUGCGUAUUUACAACUGUCAAAACUUGAGCUGUCGCCUGGUACAGGGGCACACUGCCCUUGUAUUAUCACUGUCUAGGCAUCCAUCGCAGCCACAGAUCUUUGCCUCCAGUUCCCAUGACAAUAGUGCUCGUGUGUGGUGGCUGAGAGAAGAUGGAACUGCGGUGUGUGUAGCUACAGCUGUUGGUCACACACUUAGUGUAGGCUGUGUUGUACUUGCUCAAGGUUUUGUAGUGACUGGUAGUCAAGAUAUGUGCAUUAAAAAAUGGGCUCUUGACAAGGAAAUAGAAGCGAGAGAUAAUUCUAUCAACGGUGUUGCUACCUUAUCAUCCACACAUACUGAAAAAGCCCAUGAUAAAGAUAUUAAUAGUAUUUGCGUGUCAGUCAACUUCAAACUUAUUGCUACAGGCUCACAAGAUAAAACUGCGAAGAUCUGGGACAGCAAGAAUUUGUCACUAUUGGGAAUCCUUCGGGGUCAUCGGCGAGGAGUGUGGUGUGUUCAGUUCUCUCCUGUAGAUGAGGUCUUGGCCACGGCUUCUGCUGAUGCCACUAUCAAAAUCUGGACAGUGUCAGACUUUACUAAUGCUGCAACCCUUGAAGGCCACAGUGUGAGUGUUUUACGGCUAUCCUGGUUGUCUGAAGGACAACAGAUACUUUCUACUGGCUCAGAUGGACUUCUUAAAUUAUGGACAGUCAAGACCCGUCAGUGUGUGCAGACAUUUGAUGAACACGAGGAAAAGACCUGGGCUUUGGUGGUAUCUGAGGAUGAGAUGAAAGUUGUAACUGGUGGGGAGGAUGCCACACUGGUGCUUUGGAAGGAUAUUACACAAGAGGAAAAGGAUAAAGCUUUAGAAGAGGCUGUAAGACUUGCUGCAGAAGAACAGACACUCUCCAAUCUCAUUAAAGAUAAGAAGUGGGCCAAAGCGUUUGGUAUUGCACUACGUCUUGAUCAACCUUUUCGUGCCCUGAAAGUCAUGAAAGCACUGCUAGACGAAUCUCCAAAUCAGCUGGGAGAUGUCCUUGGUAAACUACGCCAGGACCAAAUAGCCUCACUUUUAGGAUAUGCUGCUAUGUGGAACACAAAGACAAAAAAUUCUCGUGAAGCCCAGUGCAUCAUUAAUGUGUUACUAAAGACACGCCUACCAGAGGAGCUUGAAGAACUGGGAGGAUGGAAGCAGACACUAGAAGGGCUUGUUCCCUACACUGAACGUCAUUUUCGUCGCCUGUCAGCCCUUCAUCAGUCUUCUACAGUUCUUAGCUACAUGUCAUCUUCCAUUUCUCUGGGAAUGGAUCCUAAAGGAUUUACCCUACCUCCUAUAUUAGGCGAUUUGGAUCUCUUGCGAAAUAUACAUUCUUCCCCAUUGAAAAAAGAGGAAGCAGUGAUAAAGGAUCAAGGUGAGAUGGAUGAUGAUGAUGAGGUGGAUGAUGAAGAUGACGAAAAUAAGGAUCUUAGAGCUGAAGUUAAAGAUUCUAUUAUGGAGGUGGAUGAUGAUAGUGAGAGUGGUGAGGAAAGCGAUGAAGAAAAUAGUAAAAGGGAUGUUGACUCAAAUGAAGGUUUUGAAGAAAAGAUUAAAAGAAUUAAAAGUGAAGAAUAUGAAGACAACGAGUUAACCACUAAGAUACUGCCAGCUUCUCUGGAUGACUUGGAUGCCAACUUUGUCUUUGAGAAGGUUGUUGUUGAAAGUUCAGGAGAUGAAGAUGAACAAAUGAUACCUGAUGAAGACGAAAAUGAAAAUCCAAAGAAAAGGGACUUUUCCAUUGAGCAGCUUCAGUUCGAGUCAAAAAGGGGAAGAGAUGGCAGAGGAAGAGGAAUCUUUAAAGACAGGGGAAGAAGAGGUGGAAGAGAAGGUGGAAUUAAUAACAGAAGAGAAGGUAACCCGAAUAGAGAUAAUUUUGGGAAAAGAGGUAGUAAAGAAUGGAACCCUAAUUACAAGCGAGGAAGAGGAGGAAACAGAGGUCAAAGAGAACCUAGAGGUCGAGGGUUCAGGGGAAGGGGAAGAAGUAAAGUAGGUUUCAAGAGUAAAUACUGAUAAGUAACAUUUGUAAACAAAAGUACAGUAUAUGAACUAGAUUAUUCAGAGAAUAUUUGUUUAUUUUGGGUAAUUUGUAGUUGUGAAUAUUAUAAAUACAAGUGUUUGUGAGCAAGUGUUUGAAAAUCUGUAAAAUAGUGUAAUAAAAAGUUAACAAUUUUAAAA